UUUAAAGGGCAAGGCUUUGUAAGUUUCUGCAUAUAAACAAAAUUGAGUUUUUACUGGAGUACAAAAACGUUAAUAUUUCUCGAUCGAGAAGAAAGAUCACGAUUGGAGGAAAAUAAAAUCAGCUACACUUUUUAAUGUACAGAAUUUAUCGUGUGUCAAAAAUCUGCGGGAGCGAGGGCAUUAUUUCGCCACACCGGAAAACAAAUGGCAAAGGCAAGCAAACACAAACCGGGUUUAUAGUUUAAUAAAGUAACACAUGCAAGCAUUUAUUACAUUUUUCAAAAUUAAAAACAGGCAUUGUGCGUCACUCGGCUAAUGCAGUAUUAUUUACUUUUGAAUUCAGCGUCGUAGAACUAAACAAUACUAUUGGCAACAAUACAGAAUGUAAUCAAUUGAUUAUUUGUAUAACGAGAGAGAAAAAAAAAAGUUUUAGAGAAAUUAUUUUAUAUUGAAAACAAUAGCAUGCUUAGAGAGGCAGGAAGGUUUGCGGGUCACCAGUUUAAUCCGAAUAGACGAAGGCUACUUUUGUAAAAGGGAAAAGGAAGUCGGUGUAAUUUGAUAUAUUUUUUUUAUCACAAAUUGUGUUAAUCACAAACUCGAGCUAAAAGUUAGAUGUAAACUAUCACGACAUCAAACCGCUCACGACGGUGUCUUCACGGGUUUUGUUUUAUCUUGAUCACAGGAUAUGUUCCAGGUUAGUUACUGAUUUUAAAGUUAAUUAGUUUAUUUUAAUUAGCGGGGGAGGGUACGGGUGUCCUUCACAGAACAGUACCAGAAGCAACUCCUGUCCGGGAAAAGCAAAACAUAAGUAAUGUCUGAGAACCCAUCCAGUGGCCCAGGCUCCAGCCUGAGCUUUCGAUCCGGCUGCAGGAUGCUGCUGAACCUGGUCAGGGAGCGGGACUCGUUUGUCUCCUCUCCAGAGAAGAUGCUGUCUCCCAUCACUGACCUGGCUAACAAUUUCAGCAACCUCAGUGCAUUCGCAGGAGGUGACACUCCAAAGCGCUGCCUGGAUCUCUCCAAUCUGAGUAGCAAUGAGGAAACCGUGUCGCCCCUAACAGCAUCACCAGACACGAGAGCCUCAGAUCAUCCGGUCUCCCCUUGUCAUUUGGAGUCCCCUGUACAGAGACAUCAAAAGGUCACUCCAGAAGCAGACUCGGUUAGAAGCAAGAAACCUCACAUCAAACGGUUCAAGUGUAUACUGCCCAAUUUACUAUGUAGCAGUCCAAAACGUAAUGACAAUUCCAGAGGCAUGCAGCUGGGCGUUAUGGACAGCCCGAUGUUUAAUAACAAAGAAAAUGUUCCCAGCUGGUUCAAAAAGCUCAACAGAGCUGCUCCCCAUGCUCUUGAUCUUCAAAACAGAGAUUUGGAGAAACCAGAAUUUCACAACGGCUUGCUCAUACCGGAUGUCUAUGUGGAGGAGUGCGAGAUGAAUGUGCCGUGCAGUCCCAUAACUCUCGGGGGUUUUGAAGAGCACGAUGGAUUCAUGGAGAUUAUCAAUGGGGAUGAGCCAGAGAAUUACAGGAACACAAACAUAUCUUCCAGUAUGGCACUGCUGUUGUCUGAUCCCCUAAUGAGCCAGGAGAUGGAUUUCUCUAUCCAGGCUCCCAAACACAGGCCCAGGAAGGGGCUGUUCAGGUCUCCCUCUAUGCCUGAGAAGCUGAACCGGCCGAUGCUGAAGAGAGCAGGGCGGCCGCAGGAUGUGGAGACCCCAGUGAAAAUCAAGCGCCGGAAAAGCAUCAGUAGCCCCAUCCAGGAGGAGAUAGAGGAGGAGGACAUGAGGACACAGAGAUUGUUGCUGAAAAAGACUCUCUCGCUGUGUGAUGUAGACAUCAGCAAGGCUCUAGAUGAAGAUGUGGGCCACAAAGAGCUGAUCGGAGAUUUCACUAAGGUCUACGCCUUGCCCACUGUAACUGGGAGACACCGGGAUCUCAAAUACAUCACAGGGGAAACUAUGGCUGCUGUACUCUGUGGAGAAUUCAACAGUCUUAUUGAGAAGUACUUCAUUCUGGACUGCCGCUACCCUUAUGAGUACAAAGGAGGACAUAUAAAGGGGGCGCUGAAUCUCCACAAACAGGAGGACAUUUCUAGUUUCUUCCUAACAAAAAUCAUCACUCCCACGUCGGAAGAUAAACGCGUUGCUGUCAUCUUCCACUGCGAGUUCUCUUCUGAAAGAGGGCCCAAGAUGUGUCGUUUCCUGAGGAAGGAGGACAGGAGUGUGAAUGAGUAUCCUGCGCUCCAUUACCCUGAGCUGUACAUCCUCAAAGGGGGCUACAAAGAUUUCUUCCCUGAAUUCAAGAUGUGGUGUGACCCCCAGUCCUACUGCCCCAUGCACCACGAAGACUAUAGAGAUGAGCUGCUGAAAUUCAGAACGAGGAGCAAGUCGUGGGCCGGGGAGCGGCGACGACGGGAGCAGAUCACACGGCUGAUGAAGCUGUAAGACGAGGCAACUGAGGUGGAGGGGGGGGGGAUCUUCUAAUGUAGAUGGAAUUAAAGAAUAUUCCGCUCGUACCAAAUGAUCUGUGGAUCUGAAUGGAUUCCAUUUCUACCCUGCGCUGUAAACGGGUAAAAUGAAAUCAUGUUGGGUUGUAUGAAAAAUAAGAUUGUUAGCAUAACUACAAUCAUUGAAACUUGCAGCUUUCAGCCCUGCACAUCAUCUAACAGCCUGAUUUCUGUAAUUGUUUUUAUAGGUCACUUAACGGAUGUAGUGGGUAAUAAUGUGCAGAUUGAUCACAGAACUUGCUUAUUGGAUUGCUUUUUUAUAAUCAUUUAUAGAUUUGGUAUAUUUGCUGACGGGAAUCUUGUAUUUCGGACAAUUAAAUGAAUCGAGGUAUGAUUGUCCUUUUUAAAAUCCUAAUAUGUAAAUUGCUUUUUAGUAUCCCUAAUUUUUAAUUUGCAGUGUGUGUGUGAUAUAUAUAUUUUUUUAACUUUUUUUGUUAUCUACAUUUAAAAAAAAAAAAAAAAAAAAAAAAAUCAAUCCUAUAACUUUCUGUAUAGACAUAGAUUCCUGAAUCUGUGGUACAUAAAGCCCUUCAGAGGUGUAUGAGCCAGUAAGUUGGCAGCAUGUUGGCAAUUCUAAUUUGCAGGGUACUAUUACAGUUCUGCUCCAGAUCAAUGGACUGCCGAUUUUACUGUUGCUUAUUUAUUAUUAUUUUUUUUUAUAGAGACUAAAGUAUGUAAGAUUUGAUGUUUUCUAUGUCUUGUGUUGAGUGGGGAUAUUAUUUUUAGUUUCUGGUGCCGAGUUUAGGUGCAGGAUACACAUUGAAGUUCAUCAACUAGAAACAGAUCAUCUCCUUUUCUCUGAAAUCCAGCUGUGGUUUAUCCACAUUCAAUCAACCCUCUAGUAAAUGAAUGCAUUUCAAGAGGGACAUGUCUAGCCUUUAACAAAUGUCAGCUCAUGCCCUGCUUGGCUGCACUCCUAUUACAUUACAAUGUUUUUGUCAGAUUUUGUCAUGCUGUUAUAUUUUUAUGUCCUCUGUCAAGGUCCAUGUCUAAUAUAAUUUUGUAUUUUUAUUACUUGAAUGCCCUACAAAAAUAAAUUUGCAUUUUAUAUGA